AUGGACCAUUUUUGUACUACUAUGCAUGUAACGAAGACAAAUGAAAAUGAAAAUGAGGAUAAUUUUUCUGUCAAGUCAAACAUGUCAAUCGAAGGGGAGGAAGGUAUUGACCUAAAUGAAAUUAAAAGUCCACAAGAAAUCAACAUGGAAGGAGUAACCUAUGAAGGAGUAAGUCAGCGUAAUGGAAAUGAGGAGGCCACAGAAGGUGAUCCAAAAGAUGAUAAAGAUGAUAAUGUCCCAGAUGUGAAAGGAAAACUGAUGUUUAAUGAAGACAUACCUUGGAAGAAGUAG